GUGCAUUUGUGAUACUUACCCCAAGUUCAACGUAAAACAUGUCUGGCCGCGGCAAAGGUGGAAAAGCCAAGGGAAAGGCAAAGUCUCGUUCGAACAGAGCUGGCCUGCAAUUCCCUGUUGGUCGUAUUCAUAGGCUUCUUCGUAAAGGAAAUUACGCCGAGCGCGUCGGUGCUGGGGCACCUGUGUACUUGGCGGCCGUUAUGGAGUACUUGGCGGCUGAAGUACUGGAAUUGGCGGGAAAUGCCGCUCGUGAUAACAAGAAGACCAGAAUUAUUCCACGGCAUCUUCAACUCGCCAUCCGUAAUGAUGAAGAAUUGAAUAAAUUGCUCUCUGGUGUUACCAUCGCUCAGGGUGGUGUCUUACCGAAUAUCCAAGCAGUUCUGUUGCCUAAGAAGACUGAAAAAAAGGCUUAAUAAUAUACACAUCAUUACAAAUGGUCCUUUUUAGGGCCACAAAAUAUUUCAUUACGAAGGAAUUCUUUUGCGUUCAUAAUUAAGUAGGAUGCAUCUAAUAUUUAAUAUUUUUUUAAUCUUACCAUGAAGCAAUCAAUAAAAGUACACAGUUUAGAAAAAACUUUUUACCAUAAAUUUUGCUACACAUAUUGUGAAACAGUUGGAGAAAUUCUAUUUAUGUAGAAUGUGUUCGAAAAUUAUGUUCAAACGGGAACGAGGUGAUUCAUUAUAAGAUGAUAUAAAAAGAAACAUUUUUUCAUAUGACAAUUUAUUCACGAAGUAGUCAACUUUGAAAACUUGUCAUAUAUAGUUGAACUUGGCUAACUACCGAUCGGAUAUGACUAAACAAUCAAUAAGAAGUUAUUCUACAUGUGAAAAUGAGUCACAAAUUACAAACAAUUUUUCUAUCUAAGAAUAUUUUCAAGAAAUUGGAGGGCAUACUUUAUAAUACCCUUAACCUUUUUUUUAUUUUAUUUUAUUCUUUUUUUU